AAAGAGAGCCGGAGGCGUGGACGCCGACCCCGGAGGACUCGGCGGCCGGCGCGGGGCGGCGGGUGUGCGGGCCGCGCGGCUUCCCUCGGCGGCGCCGCUCCGGGCCUCGGCCAUGCCCUCGCCGUGGAGAGAAGUGCCCCUGGAGAGCCUCCUGGGAUAUGUUUCUUGGUCUCUCUGCGAUGGCCUGGGACCGAUGAUCUAUUACUUUCCCCUGCAAACACUAGAACUCACUGGGCUUGAAGCUUUUGCCAUAGCAUUUCUUUCUCCAUUAUUCCUCACAAUUACUCCUGUCUGGAAAUCGGUUCACAAGAAGUGGAUGGUAGCCCUGUUGCGGAUAAUUACCGUUGGCAGCAUAGCCUACUUCCAGGCUGCAAAUGCCAAACUUCGGCUCUUGGUUCUCACGCUCCGUCUGUCUUCCUCACUGGUAGUGCAAGCCGUGACGUGAUGAACAGGAAGUGGUUUGCAAAGGUACUUCAGAAUCUGGGGAUUCAUUUUAGGACAGAUUCUUCUUGUUGUUCUCCGCAUUUGGUACACUUCACUGAACCCAGUCUGGACUUAUCAGAUGUCCAACAGAGUGAUACGGACAUUAAGUACCAUCGCCACACUUGAUCGCAUUUACACAGAUGGUGCCUGCUGUAGGCCUGCGGGGAAGAAGUCUGGUGAGGCAGCGAGGGUGAUGGCUUCUAGACCGAACUGGUUGUUGGCAGGGGCUGCCUUUGGCAGUCUCAUGUUCCUUACCCGCUGGAUUUUUGGAGAAGUCUCUGUUGUUUCCAGAUGGGCAGUGAGUGGGCAUCCCCAUCCAGCGCCAGAUCCUAACCCAUGUGGAGGUGCAGUUCUGCUGGGCUUGGCGAGUGGAUUGAUGCUUUCGCCUUGUUCAUGGUUUCCUGGUUCCAGUUUAACCUGGUGGAUGACAGGAGCGACCUCGGCUCUGGGUCUCCUUUACCUGCCCACGUGGGCAGCCGCUCUCUCUGGCUGUGUGCUCGCCCUCUUCACGGCGUCCAUGUGGCCUCAAGUGCUUGGACACCUUAUCAGCUCAGGGUCAGGCCCUGGGAAAGCCAUGACCACUGCCAUGGUAUUUUAUCUUCUAGAAAUAUUUUUCUGUGCAUGGUGCACAGCUUUUAAAUUUGUCCCAGGAGGUGUGUACGCUAGAGAAAGAUCUGAUGUACUUUUGGGGACAGUGAUGCUAAUUAUUGGGCUGAAUAUGCUAUUUGGUCCCAAGAAAAGCCUUGAUUUUCAUCUUCAAACAAAAAACAGUCCUAAAAUGCUUUUCAGAGAGAGUGGAAAAUACAUGAAACUUUUUUUGUGGCUGCUUGUUGGUGUGGGGUUGUUGGGAUUAGGACUAUGGCAUAAAACCUAUGAGAAGAAAUUGGGAAGAGGGGCACCAGCCACAGAGGUCUCUGCUGCCAUCUGGCCUUUCAGGUUUGGCUUUGACAAUGAAGGAUGGUCUAAUUUAGAAAGAUCAGCUCAACUGCUCAGUCAAGCAGGUGCAGAUUUCAUUACAAUUUUGGAGAGCGACGCUUCUAAGGCCUAUAUUGGGAACAAUGACCUGACCAUGUGGUUAGGGGAGAAGCUGGGUUUCUAUACCAACUUUGGUCCAAGCGCAAGGGAUCACACUUGGGGAGAUGACCUCGAUAGGAAACUUCAAGCUAUUGCUGUUUCAAAACUACUGAAAAAUAGCUCUGAGCAAGUGAUAUUUCUGGGAUAUAUCACUUCAGCACCUGGUUCCAGAGAUUAUCUACAGCUCAUUGAACGUGGCAAUGUGAAGGAUAUUGACAGCACAGAUCAAGACAGAUGGUGUGAAUACAUUAUGUAUCGAGGGCUGAUCAAAUUGGGUUAUGCAAGAAUCUCCCAUGCUGAGCUGAGUGACUCUGAAAUUCAGAUGGCCAAAUUUAGGAUCCCUGAUGAUCCCAUUAAUUAUAGAGACAACCAGAAAGUGGUCACAGACCCCAGGGAAGUUCCCGAGAAAAUUCACUUCAAUCCCAGAUUUGGAUCUUACAAAGAAGGACAUAAUUUUGAGAACAAUCAUCAUUUUCAUGUGAGUACUCCCAAAUACUUUUUAGGAACUAUUUAGAACAGGAAUUCAUUGACCACACAAUCCUAAGGGAAAUAAAAAUAUAAAGAUAAAAAGAAGAGAUAAACUAAAGCGGGAAACUAUACACAAAAAAACCCUUGAUUUUGAAAAAAUAUGGUAUCUAUGCAGUGGGAAAUUCUAUCACUUUAUAACAUAUAUUGCUAAA